GGAAUUGCGUCACUGUCUAGCGCCGGAAGUGACUGUCGUGCCCCGAUGGGUGGUGAGGACCUGACAGGUCUGGGCCGGCUCUUGAGAAGUAUCGAACGGAACAUGUGUUAGCUGUUUACCGGCCCCGGGGACCAUGGCUGUGUUUCACGACGAAGUGGAGAUCGAGGACUUCCAAUAUGAUGAGGACUCAGAAACGUACUUCUACCCCUGCCCGUGUGGCGAUAACUUCUCCAUCACUAAGGAAGAUCUGGAGAAUGGGGAAGACGUGGCAACGUGCCCUAGCUGCUCUCUGAUUAUCAGAGUGAUUUAUGACAAAGAUCAGUUCAUGUGUGGAGAAACAAUCCCAGCCCCAUCAACCAGCAAAGAAUUAGUGAAGUGCUAACGAAGCCUGCGAGAGAGCGAGUCUCCGGCAGCUGGGCCUGAGCCGAGGAAACGCCCAGCGCAGUUUCUGGCUCCUUGUUAGGGCCAAGCAGGAGUCGUGGGCCUUCCUCUGCGUUUCGAAUAAAGAGGCGAGUCUACACCAUGACACGCCUGGAUUUCAUGCUUAGAGCUGUGAAGUGCAAGUGUUCUUAAUUACCUGUCAGGAUGCCAAGGAAGAUCAUCUCAGAGCAGUGCUUUCUCUGGCUCCAUUUUAUCAUUUUUCUGUCUUAAGCCUUAGUUCAGUAUCUGACAGCAACAUCAGCUACCUCAUUCAUUAGCAUUCCCUACUAAGCAAGGGGUAACAUUUGUGACGUGGCUGUCAAGAGGAUCAGGCCCUUUUUUUGAGCUUUGACAUCACCUCUGCUUCUCUGUCUAAACUGACGAAAAUGCAUUGUCCGCACGCUGGGUCACACGUCUGACCUGUCUCCUCCUGGGUGUCGUCACCAUGACCACACUCUGCGCAAUGUGCAGUUUGUGUGGCACUUUUGCACAGUGUGUUCAGAAUUUCUCUAGGACAAAGAAAAGUCCACAGUGAAAAGUCAGCUUAGGCUUCCAUGUCCCUUGAAAGCAGGACAAGUUAAAAACAGCCAAAGGGCAAGAAAUUGGUCACCUAAUGAGAGAAGCAGAACAUGCAAGGUUGGGAAUGAAAUGCUUGAGCACUUCUGCUUCUGUUUGUUUGUCUUUUGUUUGUUUGUUUGUUUAGAUAAUGCUAAUGAAAUUGCUUCCCAGAUGAGGGUUAAUGUCAAACUUUCAUGGCUGGUGGCGGUGAUUUCAGUAUGUCACAUAUCAUGUCGUUGCUCCUGAAAGGGAGAGCAUGACAACAGAGAAGGGUUGGAAACGGCAGGCCUGGCAUGGCUCAGUAGGCUCACCAGGCACGUCUCGUUGGCCUGUAUUACACGCACAUCUCCAGGGAAAUGCUGCGGAAGGAAAAGAACUAUGUAAAGAUGAGAGGUCAGUCUCGUCUUUGCUGUAGUUCUGAGAGUAACAAGAAAUUAGAACCACUCAGAUGGAAAUUUGAAAAUUCCCUUGAUAGGCAACUUUGCUGUGUGAAUAACAGUUUUCAGAAAGCUCUGGCAGGUCGUUUUUGGAAUGGUUCCUGCAACUGAAACAGUCUGCUGGAAAGUGAGUGCUGUGUUAGUGGUUGGCAGACGUUCGGCGCACACGCAUGGGGUGGCCAGCUUGCGCCUGGCAGUAGUGUGGCUGUGUGUGGCCAGCAGGCUGAGGCUUACUAAGGUGCUGACACUUGUGUGCUGUGUUUGUCACAGUGUGGCGUGCUCUCGGUGUGUUGAGAGAGUGCAUUACUCCUCAGGACAUUGGUGCCCCAGAAGUAACCCACGCUGCUUUGCAGACUGAAAGUGACGCCCAGAUGAGCAGAGCCAGGAAUGUGUGUUCUCUGGUGGGAAUGGUCUGCCAAGAGACAUGAGCUGUGUUGUGCUCACGUUGCUGAUUUUGUAGGCACUGUUAACAUGAUGUUACUUCUGCUGAUGAAUUUCAGCUUAUAGCUCUUAUGAACAUGUAGGGACAGAAGGAAAAGUGCCCGUGUCCAUUCAUCCCAGGAAGAGAGGGACUGCACUGAUAGUGUGAGCCCAGUGCAGCGUGGGAACGGCCUCAUUUCUGAUGCAGCUGGAACACCGUACACCUCAGGAAUUACUCCUGUGUGAAGCAGAAGGCUACGUUCUAGUGCGGCUGGAGUUCUCGUGUGUGUGUGCAUGUGCGUGCGCGCAUGUGUGUGCAUGUGCACGUGUGCACGGCCAUGCUUGUGCUGGCUUAGCUCAAAAGACAUUUCUGGAGCACCACUGAGAAGUCGUGUGCGACUGGACCGGGUCAUUGCUCAGUGGUCAGUUCUCUUGUUUCAGGCUUGGCAACUUGCAGAAACCAAAAUGGCAAUUGAGACCUUUUAAAACUAGUAAAUCAUGAAUUACAGAAAAAGGAACUCUAUUCUUCAGAAAAUUGGUAUUACCACACUUUUCAGUGUAAAUUUAUAGACUCGAGAAUGUAAAAGAUUUUAUGUACAAAUCUGUGUACGCAUUGAAAAGCAUUUUUCUUGGAAGGCACCCAACCCACGUCAUAAUUGUACAUUGUGUUAAUUUCUUAUCAGAAUAAAUUAUAUUGGCCUAUUAAAUAAAGUCAGAUAAUUCAAAUUCA